CGCCCCCCGCCAUGGGGCAGGAUUACUACGUGGUGCUGGAGCUCAACCGCACCGCCAAGGACGCUGACAUUAAAAAAGCCUACCGGAAACUAGCCUUGAAGAACCAUCCUUUAAAAAAUAAAGAACCUUGGGUGCCAGAUAAAUUCAGGCAGCUCGCAGAAGCCUACGAAGUGCUGAGUGAUCCUGUGAAGAGGGCCAUCUAUGAUAAAUUUGGAGAAGAGGGUCUCAAAGGAGGGAUCCCCUUGGAAUUUGGAAGUGAAAACCCCUGGUCUGUUGGCUAUGUGUUUCAUGGCAAUGCUGAGAAAGUCUUCAAGGAGUUCUUUGGUGGCGAUAAUCCCUUUUCCGAAUUCUUCACUCCAGAUGGAUCUGAGGUGAACACAGCAUUCGGGGGGCUGCGAGGAAAAGGGGUGGCAAAGCAGGACCCCCCAAUUGAGCGAGAUCUCUACCUGUCGCUGGAGGACCUGUUCUACGGAUGCACCAAGAAAAUUAAGAUUUCUCGCAGGGUGAUGAAUGAAGACGGUCACACGUCCACCAUCAGAGAUAAGAUCUUAACGAUUGACGUGCAGCCAGGGUGGAAGCCAGGCACCAGGAUUACAUUCCAAAAAGAAGGAGACCAGGGCCCGAACAUUAUCCCUGCUGAUAUUAUCUUCAUUGUACGAGAGAAACUCCAUCCAAGGUUUAAAAGGGAGGAUGACAACCUGCUGUAUGUAGCCACCAUCCCCCUUGGUAAGGCUUUGAUUGGCUGCACAGUGGAUGUGAGGACCCUAGAUGACAGACUGCUUAAUAUUCCCAUCAACGAUAUAGUCCACCCCAAGUACUUCAAAAUCGUGCCAGGGGAAGGCAUGCCUCUGCCCAGUGACCCCACGUGUAAAGGGGACCUCAUCAUGUUUUUUGAUAUCCGCUUCCCGGAGAGGCUCACUCCGGCUAAGAAGCAGCUCCUGAGACAAGCACUCCUGACUUGAGGCUGUUGUGAAUUCAUCUCCAUGUGGCCCAAGAGAAUAAAGCUUUCUAGAUAUUUAUAGUCAUCAUGUUGGUUG